AUGGCAAUUCAAUUUCAAAGCUAUCAAGAAUGUCAAAUCUCAUGCCGCCGAAGGAAAGAGGCUAAACUUAAUGGAAGUCACAAUGUAAUACCAUGGAAAUCAGAAAACUGUGGUGAGUGGAAACUUAGAUUCAUUUCCCCAUCAAUAACCAAAACUCAAGUAUCUAAUCACAAAAAUCGUUGA